AGGCUGCUUGGUGGUCUGGCCCAAUUGGCGCUGGAACUUGGCUCCUUUCAAUGUUCGAAUAGAGGGCCCCUGCAACGCUGUUCGCAGUCGCUCACAGCCGCCCCCAGUCGUUUGCCUUGGCACGGUUCCCAUGUCCCAGAUCCUCGUAGCCCACCCGUUCUCGUCCGUCUUCCCUUUCAAUUCUCCCCCUUCCGCCACCACUGCGCCCAUCGCCUUGCCAGUGGGCAGCCCAAGACACAAGUCAACAACCAGCGACCGGCACCAACGUCGCAGUUCCCCAUCCCGCUCCCGACUCGACCUGUCUCCCGUCAGGCUCUCCUUCUUUCCUCUGUUGAGCUAGCCUCUCAGUCCGCUCGUUUUUCCUUUCUUUCACUCUUUGACCCCGAGCCCGUGGCCAAGCCAAUCGCCUCCCCCUUUGCCGAUCCCAUCGAUCGUCCCCCGACCUAGCUCUCGCACGCCUUCGAACCAUUCCCCGCGCUUCGCCGGUCUCUUUGGAUAUCAACGGCGCAGACAUCCAGAGGAAAGCGACAAAAAAAAAAAACGACAUUUGCGACGCAACGCCCUAAUUUUGGUAUUCGAAACAGCAUUUACAUCGGCCGCCAAGGGUUGCUUGCAGGACCAGAAUAGCAGCUUCUCCACAGCCCGACGAGCGACGCCUCCCCGAUCGACAUCGUUGGACUGGUGGGAUUAACAGCUGUCGCCGUUGGGUUUGCCGAUCACUCUACCAUCGACAGAGGCCGCAUCAGGUUGAGAAGCCUCCUCUUGGAGCCUAUUGCGGGGGCACUAUCGUUAGCCCUCUCUCUUGGACGCCGACAACCUCUCGCCCAGUAUGGAUCAUGUCGUCGCGGACGCCGGUGGAGUCCACAUGGCGGAACUCUGGCCCAGACAAAAAACCUGUGUUCAAUGUCCAAACGCCGCCCCGAAAUGUCUCCUUGACUGCGGUACAAACACGGAAUGUCAGAUCUCAACUCCCAAACUCGAUCCGGGCGAUCCCAACUGCUUCCUCGAAUGCUCAAAGGCGUUCUGCGGCGCCAUCGUCAGCACGCCGCCCCCCACGGGGAAUACGAACGCGCCUGGUGGCAACAGCGGCGCCAGUGUUGGGCCAAUUGCGGGCGGAGUGGCAGGCGGUGUCGUCGCCAUCGCAAUCGCGACGUAUCUGGUGUGGAGGUUCUGCAUCAAGGGCAAGCGGCAGGCAAUCGAUCAAGAUGGCUGGAACAGCGAGAAGGACGCCGCCACGAUUUCAGGGAACUCGGACUUUGUCGCGAGGAGAGACCAGCGGUCUUCGUCUCACACGGUCCAUUCGGUCGCCUCCACCGUCCUCACGAGGGCCUCAAACGUCAUCCAGAUCGCCUACAUCCCUGGCGUCACCAACCGUGCCACGCCCACGUCCCCGACUCUGCUCGUUCCGCCGGUCCCGCCUAUUCCCAUCUCGCACUCGCAGGCUAGUAGCCCGGUCGCGACCGAGGACCAGCACUUUUUCAUGCCCAGUGACCUGCGACCGGAUUCAACCUACUCGGCAAUGUCGGGCUACACGGACCGCACCUCGUUUGCUCGCACGUCGUACGCUCCCCGCUCCAGCAUCGCAUCCACCAUCUACGGAAAGAAUGCCGUUAUCGUGGCUCCGGCCCAGACGGGUAUGCGCGCCAAGCCGGCCAUGGUCAGUGUCAAGUCGACCAUGAGCAGCGGCAGCAGCGGCUCGAGCACGCCUCCGGUCCCCAACAUCGACUUUGAGAAGUACAGCGCGAGCGCCGCCGGGCCACCGAGCCCGGCCAACAGCACCUUCAGCGUUGGAUCCACCUUCUUGAACAACGCGAGUGCCAGCACCGCCAUGGCGGCCCGCCCCAACAUUGUGCGCGUCGGCAGCGUCUCGAGCAAGAAGCCCGGCAGCAGCCUGGCCAAUUCCGUGAGCGCUGGGGACUCUCCCGUUGCCUCGCCGCUUGUCACGUCUCCCGUGUCACCAAGCGAAUCUCGCGUCUCAGCGGCCGUGACCCUGAUCGAGGAUUCACCCCAUCCCGACCAAGGCCCCUUUGCCGACCCGCCCAAAUCGCAGAACGACAAGAGCAAGCAAUCGCUCAAUGCGGUCAUAGAGGAGGCAACCCGCCGCGCCUCACAACGCUAUGUGGGUAAGACGGGCCGCGAUGGAAGCCCAUUCAGCGAUGUGCACGCCACACGCUAACCAGGGGGGUCACUUGGGAUUUUGGCAUGGACGCGACUGUCGGAAGGAUGCCGUAUCUGCUGUUUAAAUUUUCUGGUAUUUACUUACUCGAUGGCUCCAAGGCAUGGCACACUGCCGCUGCCUUGCCGUAGGGGUCUCGAGAUGACUUGAUUUAUCAUUAUCUCCUUUUCCCUUUCUUCUCUUCUUCAUACCCCCUGUCGGCCUCGACAGUAGAGGUCUUUUUGGAGUGUUUUUUUUUGGACAUGCUCACCAAGGUUUAUGUCGAGGGCCGGCGUAUUUGGAUUCCCCCCUUUCAAACAAUGUUGGAUUUCCUGGAUUUGGGUACGCGCCUGGCCGGCCAUCUGCCGGCUCCUCGCUUGUUUCUUUGCCCAGUCAACUUCCCUUUGUACACCAUUUCUUUCUCAGAAGACCGCCUCGAGCUUAGGUGUCUUGUUCCUAUAUAUGGAAAAUAAAACGACCCCAUUGCGAUGCCCACA